AUGUCAGCAGCAAUUUUGUUCGAAAGCACCGACGGGACGGUGGUUUUGUUGGAUCUGCCAAGGUCUAUUGAAGAGGCUCAGCAUCUCGCAGAUGUCACGCUGUCCGAAAGUCCGAGUCUGACUACAAACUCAUGUCCUGGUGGAACUUCACGGACGAGACGGCUAAUCUCCAGCACACCCCCGGAGACUCCCUUUGCAACUCCGGAACCUAAGAACGACCCCUCGCCACUCCCAGCUGCCGCCCAGGUAGCUCAACUGAUGAUUCAGGCUUCUGUAACUCGAGCACUGGAGGAGCUCGGGACUAACUACUCGGGACCAUACUUGUUGUCCCGGCAGUUGUCGCGCCAAUGCAUAAUCGCAGAUGGUGGUAAAGCUAUGGAUGAUUCCAGUUACCCUCAUACGUGUGGCCUUGUGAGCUGCUCAACCACUGCAGAGGGAUGCUCUUCCAACCAGGACCUUGGCCCGGAACGGAGCUACUACUUCCCUCCCGACUCUCGUUAUGUCCUCGGUACGAUUCAGGAAACCAAAGAGUUGGUUUUGCAAAGCGUUCCAGAUUUUGACGUGAUCGUCUUGGAUCCCCCAUGGCCAAACCGGUCUGCCAAACGCAAGAGGAAGGGCUACAAGGUGGCCGCCACGACUGAUGAGAUCCGCGCCCUGUUGUCCGAUGUGCCGAUCCCAUCCCUGCUCGCUCGAGAUGGCCUGGUUGCCAUUUGGGUGACUAACAAGCCGGCGUUUUCAGACUUGCUGACCUCGCCGAGAGAUGGCAUACUCAGCGAGUGGGGGUUAGAAUUGGUAGGGGAGUGGGUGUGGCUCAAAAUCACCACCUCCGCACAACCGAUACUGCCUAUUGAUUCCGCUCAUCGUAAGCCGUGGGAGCCGUUGUUGAUUGCGCAGCGGAAGGGUUUCAAGAGGGCGUUCCCACCAUCCUGGCGCAGGCGCGUGAUAGUGUCCGUGCCGGAUACACACUCUCGCAAGCCCAACAUCCGCGACUUGGUGAGCCCUAUGUUGCCACCGCGCCCUCGUGGGCUCGAGAUCUUUGCAAGAAAUCUCACGGCCGGCUGGUGGGCUUGGGGAGACGAUGUGCUGCAUUUCCAAGAGCGUAGCAAUUGGGUCAUGGUAGGCAGUGACAGCCUCCCAACGGGUUGCCAAAGCGAGUAG